AUGGAGCAAAUAAAUUAUGAAGAAAUUUUAAAACACUUACCUUCAAAUAAGAUAUAUAAAGAAUUUAAAUCUGAGAUCAGUGAAGUAGAUAAUAAUUUCAAUUGUGAUAAAUUUGAAUCAGUAAAAACCGAAUACAAAGUUAAUUGUAUUAAUCUUUGUAAAAAAGUUGCAAGAAAUUUAAAAAAAAUACCCGAAGAGGAUAAAUUAUGGAGCUAUAAUCACCGUUGUUUACAUUAUAAAUACUGGGUAUAUGAAGAAAUAUGGAAAUUGUUUGAAAAAAGUUCACCAGAAGAAGAUGUUAAAGCUGUUGUUAAUGAAUUUCGUAAUCUCCAAACUUCCCUUACGGAAGAUUAUUGGAUAUUGAAUUGUAAUUAUGAUUUCGAUGAUGAAGCUUUAAAUGGAUUGAAUAAUAAAAAAGAUGAGAAAUAUUUGUAUGAUUACUUUGUAAACCAUGAGUUUAUUAAAAGUAAAAAUUUUUGUAAUUCUGUUGAGAAUGAUAAAUAUAAAAAAUACCUUAAUGGUAUUAAAGGUUUAUAUAAUCAAAAAAAGAAAAAUUGUUGUGACAAAAAAGUAUCGAAGUGUCCUAACUAUUUUUUGAAUUGUGCAGAUGAGUUUGAUCCAAAUAAGCUCUUAAAUGAAUUGGAUUCUAUGGAAAAAGGAGGUUGUAAUGGAUUAAAAGAUAUUAGAACUGAAACUGAUAAAAAAAAACAUGAUUCUACAGAGUUAGAUCAAGAUUUUUUGAAUUCAUUUUAUUUCACUGGAUGUCCAGUACUUAGUAAUGGCAGAUCUUCUACAAAUAAUGGAGGUAUGUCCUGUAAUUUAUUCCGAGCAAAUGUUAAUGUAAGAAGUGGUGUAAUUGGAGAUGGUGGAAAUACUGAAGAAGAUGUCUCUAAUAGCUCAUCUAAGGAAGUACAGGUGAUAAUAUCUAGUACAUAUUCGGAAAUGUCUGAAUCUCAAAAAAGUACGAACCAGUUGCGCGUAAGUGGUCCAGUAAAAAAAAAUAAUAUGUCACCUGAAGAAAAGACAGACGAUAGUAUUAGAUGGAAUUUUGGAAAAGGAACACUCACUUGUCAAUCUAACGCUUCGGAGAAUGAUGACUACGGACUGUGUGAAUAUAUGGAAGAAUUGGUUGAAGAAGGCUUUUUUAUAAGAGAAAAAGGCACUGGUGGUUAUAAAUUUAAAAAAGGAAAAAAUUGGAACCCAAAAUACUUAGUAAAUAUAGCUAAAACUAAAAGGAGAUUGAAAUCAAACUCAUCGGGUUUUAGAGAUUUAGGUAAUUCCCAAAUUAUAAUGCUCAAAAAAGACAUGCAAACUUAUAGUCAUAUUCCAAAUAGACAAAUAUAUUCUGGAAAUUUUGUAGAAUAUAAUAUAUUAAGGAAUGUUUUCGUCCGUAUUUCGAUUGUAGUUUCAUUAGUAAUGGGAUUCAUAUUUAUUUUUUUCCUUUAUCUUAAGUUUACUCCAUUUGGAUCAUGUUUAGGUAAAAUUAAAAAAAGGAAAAAAAGAUAUAGGACUAAUUUCACUGUAUUAAAUCAGGAAAGAUUACAAAAGAGAUUCAUAAAACGUACUUAUAGGAAUUCUAGUAGGAGGAGAUUUAGUGUAGUAAAUGUAGAACGAUGA